UCCUGCAGUCACCCUGCAAUCUCUGGACAAACACUGGCUAUCAAUAACAGCCCUAAUUGCAGACUAUAGAUGAUUUUGUCAUCGUGACUUUCUCAUCACCGUGGUACUUUUAAAAAGAGCUGCUGACGUCUACAGCUUGUAUCAGGAGGGGCAUUUAACUUUCAUCAUUAUAGUCAUUUCUAUCAAGAAGUCUGACACUGGAGCACUUCUGAUGGAGCUUUUCUAAAGUUAGAUCAAGCUGAAGAACUGCAGCUAUAAGGAUCCAAAUACAGCUGUUUAUAGAUCUGACAUUUCUCUCUGAUAACAUGGGCGGAGUGAGCGUGUACUACUACUGUUCAUGGACUAGCAGACCGGUUUUAUUAUGUAUUAUUCUGGCUGCAUUACCGUGCAUGUUGCACUGCUCAGAGAGCCCUGCAGCAGCAGCAGCUGUUGGCAAAAUCUAUCCACGAGGCAACCACUGGGCAGUAGGUCACUUGAUGGGAAAGAAGAGCAUCGAGAGCCUGCCUGGACUUCAGGGGUCAAACCAUGACAGUGACUACCUCACACCCUCAGAAACAGCUGCAGGGGUCACAGAGCGACUGAUGGAGGCUCUGAUGCAACAAAAGAACCUGAAACAGACGACGCCACAAUCUGCAGACAGGCUGCUUCGGCUGCACAGUGCCUGGAGAGAAGAGGACAGAGACAAAUAUCUCAGAGAGAUGUCAGACCUGUUUCUUCUGGCUUUGAGACUGCGAGACAAUGACUCCACCUGAAUCAUCAUCACCUACUAAACAUGUGCCCUGUAAUCACAUAUUCACUCUAUAUUUUUUUUCUGCUGUAAGAAACCCAAAAGAAGAUUAUUUUAUCAGUAAUUUAAAAUGUCUAAUAUGCACAUUAUGCAGCAGUUUGAUUAAAGACUGACGUGUUACCUGAGCUGAGAAUGCUGAAUAAAUUUAACGUUGUGAUAA